AUGGUAGCCCUAUGCAAGGCAAAAGUGGAGCCAAAACCGAAAGCUACGCCCGCUUCGCGCAAAAACGCGAAGGAAUCGGAAAAUAUCAAGUCGGCGGAUAACAGAAUUCGCGAAGAGAAAUCCAAACAGGACGACGGAAAACCAGAGCGCCAACAGCGCAGCGGUCGCUUUACUGGUGAAAAUCGUGAAGAUCGUAAUAAUCGUCGCAACCGAGAUGACUCUUUCAAUGGUGCAGCUGAUAAGGAAUGGAAACCUCGGCGAGAAUUUGGCGACAAUGAAGGGGCUGAGCGUCGUACAUUUGGACGGGGGCGCGGAGGUCGUGGAGGCCGUGGCAACUAUGAAAAUCGUGGCCGCUAUGAUAAUCGUGGAAAACGAGAGCACGAUUCACAACAGUCUGAUGGUUCUUGGGAAAAGCGAUCUGGCAGCAAAGAUAAUGCUGACAAGUGGCCGAAAUCAGAAAAUGUUCCAGUAAAUGAACCCAAGCAAGAGUACGGCAGUGAGGAAGUUGGUUGGGAUAUUGAAGAGAAUGUGGAAGUUAAGGAAGUGACGGAACCAACCGACAAGUCUCCAGAACAAGAUGGAGAGAACGCCACAGAAGUACCUACUGUAGCAUUAGAGGAGGAACCCAAGGAGUUGACAUUGGAUGAAUGGAAGGCCCAACGUGCAGUUCGCCAAAAGCCAAGCUUUAACCUUCGAAAGGCCGGAGAAGGUGAAGAUCCAUCUCAAUGGAAAAAAAUGUAUGUGCUAGACAAAAAGCGAGAAGGAAAUGAAAGUGAAUUGGAGGAAGAGUUGGAAUUUGACAUUUCUGAUUACCCUCAACGUGUUGGACGUCAGAAACAUAUUUUGGAUAUCCAAUUCACGUUCAAUGAUGCACGACGCGGUGGUGGCACUGGCAGAGGUUGGGGCAGAGGACGAGGUGGCCGUGGUCAAGGUCGUGGAUUUGCAAAUCGUGGCGAAAGGGCUGGUGGUAAAGCUCCUUUUAAAAAUGAUGGUGCUGUUCAAGGUGCUGAGGAAAGGCCAGAGGUUCAUCUAGGCCGUGGACGUCAGAAUGCUCCUAAAGUGGAUGAUGAACACGAUUUUCCAUCUUUGGGUUGAAAUAUAUAUAUAUAUAAUAUUCUUAGAUGUGACAUUUGACUGGAGCUACCAAGAUUUAAUGUAAUUAGUAUGUUCAUAUCAUAUGGCACUAUUUGGAAUAUCGAAUAAGGACUUAAGAAUAGCGGUGGUUACUAGUCAUUUGUUAGUUUAACUUGUAUACUUAAGAGUAUGCUUCUAUUAUUUUACUAAAUGUUUCCUUUUUAUAAGUCAUAACAGCUAUUAGAACAUCACUUAAUUUCUUUUUCAAUUUAUAUUUACAAUAAAGUUUCAAUGAAUAAUUAUUUUAUAAUUGUCAGUCAAUACCAGUUCAAUAGA